AUCGGAGCAGCUUGUAGACCAAGAAGAAGACCCAGUUUGGAGUUACUAUCUAACAAUAUCAGAACAAGAAAUAAAGUAGUCGUUUUGUAGUUCAACCUCCUCUUCCAUCGCUCAUUGUGAAAAUAAGAGUGACCACCUGGUGCUGCACUUUCAACUUUAUUUGGUUGAACUCCACGACCCCUGUCCUGCUCACGAUGGAUUGGCCUCCUCCGGGACUCGAGUUUAAUACCCAAAAUUAUCCAAAGUAUCAUCAGGUGAACGAGUACUUGCCGAACUACGAGAGGGAUAAAAUUCGAAUAUGUCGAUGCUGGCAAUCCAAGAAAUUCCCUUUCUGCGAUGAUACUCAUCGACAGCUUGUUGAGUUACGCUUCGUUGAAGUUGAAGUUGUAGUUCAUUUUCAAAAUAUCUAUGUAUACUAUCUAUCAACUAAACCACAAGGAAGGAAGCUGAACUUGAAGCUCAUCUUCAAAGAAAGCAAAAUAAGCAGGGCUACCAAUGUCAUGACUCGUCCUGUUAACACGACUGAGUAGCAAUCAACAACACAUCUUCAGACUGGGGGGGGAAUCACGAUGAGGCAGUUUUCAGUCUCAGUUAAGAUUGCAGUCAGUCGUUAACAAUUAUCAUCCGACCAUGUCUACUGCUAGUGAACGUGGUAGACCAACACCUAAACUAACCGAAGAUCAUCCUCCUUCCCCCAUCUAAUCUAAGCCGGCGACGAUGUUGGUCCGCUGGUCAUCCUCUAUCGGAGGCGAGCGAAAAAGCAUGCUCCGGGAUCGAUCCCUUCGUCCGGUAUGGCUCUGGGCAGUAUUUACGGAAGGGAGAAAUAAGAAUAAUGUCCGUCUGCUACUCGUCAUCACAAAAUGGUUAUUGGGUGAAGACGUACUAACUUCAGGACUACUCGACACUAACGUAGUCAACUAGUGGUCUAUAAUGCCUGCCACGACAAGAAUCUAUCCACUUUCAUCUUUGACGUUGAUGUUAUAAGUAAAGAUAAAGAUCUAAAUUGUGGCUGCCGCUUCUUCUGGAAGCGGUAUUCUUAGUCAAAAACGUGGUUUCGAUGCGCGCCGAUUUUUGUCGACAGUGGUGCCUUCUUCACUGAAGAGGACAACUUCAACUGCUGUUAUUGGCGUCUUGGGUUUUUCUGGUGGCUGGCUCUUGAGCAAGCAAUUCAGAUCAGACAGGGAGGAUAAAACGACUAGUACACGAUCAUCUGACCUUCAGCCGCUCAAUGUUGUGCUUGUUGAAGAUAAAAUUGAGAAGACGAAGCACCAGGAGGAGCAUAACAAGGAGGAAGAAGCAAUAACAUUAACUACAACAUCAAGAAGAACCAAUACAAGAGGAAGUGAGCGAGACAUUGCUGCAGAUCGCGAACGAGGCCUUUUGAAGGUGAACAGGACCGUGAUCCCGUCGAACGAUUUGUCCCGAGAUUGGACCACUGCGUCGCCAGUGAGAUUGCUUUCUUUGUUAAGGCAGUCUAGUUGUCGUAGGACUCGAUGAUCAUGGUCAUGCAAACUACCCCUUCCCCCCGUAUGCUAACGUCGGACGGUACCCCAUGAAUGGACUCACGACUACUAUGGUCGACGUAUUAGUAUUAGGACUGUCAGAAAAAGGCACUCUUUACACCUUGACUCUUUUACAAGUCCUAACCAAUAGUAAUCUCUAUGACUAAUAUCUCCCGCCGAGGCGAAGGCUGUGGGACUUGAGUUAUCAACUUAUCAUCUUCCAUAUCUCUACAAAAAUGAAUUUCAAUUUUAUACAAGGAAGCAGUUCUACAUGCCGUUGUACUACAUGCCGUACAGCUUGAGAUUAACUGGUAUCACUGUUGCUUACUCUCACAAGAACUGGGUCGUCAUCUCCCUCUAACAUCUGCUGGCGGGGGACUUCUCGAAAGCCCUUUGGACCUUCUCAAAAGCUCUUUCGAGAGUGGUAAUUUUGAGAAGAUGAGUGGGAAAAAAAUAAAUCCGCAAGAUGGUGAAAAUCCGCAAGAUUCUGACUCGUCCUGCUACAUAGACGAGGAGCAAAAAAGCGGCAUCAAGACGAAGAAAUUGCAGGUGGAGCAAAAAAGUGACGUCAAGAGUCCUACUGCUACUUCUGGCCUCCAUCAUGAAAGAACUAAAAACCCACAGGAUGACAUGACAGAAUAAAUUGUUUGGAGGGAUAGGCCUAGGACAUGGGGGAAAAGCUAACCGCUUACAACAGUUGCUAGACAUCAGAGUAAACAGUUGAGUUUAAACAGUUUAAACGGAAUACACCGCUCAAACAGGUUGUUGCUCGAUCACGUACUAGAGACCGUCUAUUUCAACCCGAUUGUUCCCAUCCGACUCUAGCGUGUUACAGCAAGAGCUGGAGAAAGAAACUCUGACGAAAAGGAACCAACUACACUUGAGUAUCAGUCUAGUAGGCAAGAAC